CUCGGUUUGUUUCCGGUGGCGGUUGUUUGGGGAGGAAAGAGGAGGCUGAGAGAUUAUUUUUUUUUCCUGGAGUUUGGCUCCGUGGCAGCACCUGAGGCCUCCUCCUCCUCCUCCUCUUUCCUAUGGUCGCUCUGCCCUCCGUGCUGCUGCUGCUGCUGCCGCCGCCAUCAUGAUGCCCGUCUUCAAGAGCAGCCGGCGCGAUUUCACGUUCGGGCCGUGGAAGCUGACGGCCGCCCGGACGCACAUCAUCAAGUCGGCCGAGGCCGAGAGAUUAGCUGAAGAACUGCAAAUGCCAUGUGUUCCAGAAAUGAUGUUUGGAGACAAUGUCUUAAGAAUUCAGCAUGAAUCUCUGUUUGGGAUAGAGUUCAAUGCAACUGAUGCUCUAAGAUGUGUAAAUAACUCUCAAGGAACUGUUAAAGUUGCUUGUGCAGAGGAGUGGCAAGAAAGCAGGUCUGAGCCUGAGCACACUAAAGAAGUUGUUAAACCAUACGAUUGGACCUAUACAACAGACUACAAAGGAACUCUACUAGGUGAUACAUUAAAGUUAAAGGUUUCUCCCACAACAGAACAUAUAGAUACAGAGAAACUUAAAGCCAGGGAACAGAUUAUGUUUUUUGAAGAAGUGUUACUGUUUGAAGAUGAACUUCACGAUCAUGGAGUUUCAAGCCUGAGUGUGAAAAUAAGAGUAAUGCCCUCAAGCUUCUUUGUGCUAUUGAGGUUUUUCUUGCGAGUUGAUGGAGUGCUUAUAAGGAUGAAUGACACAAGGCUUUAUCACGAGGCCAGCAAACCCUACAUGUUGCGGGAAUACACAUCUAGAGAAAGCAAAAUAUCAAAUUUAAAGCAUGUACCCCCACCACUUUUCACGGAUCCUAAUGAGAUCGCACAGCAUUUACCAGUUAAGGAGAAUAUCUGUGAGAAGCUGGAGUUCCCAGAGAGUGUGUGUCCUGAAUCCAUAGCUACAUCUGAAGGCACUUAAAUGGAAAUUUACAGAAUCUGGUGGACUUGAAACAGAUCUUCUGGAGACCAUGCAAUUUUUUUGGCCAUUUACAUCAAAGAUGCCACUACUUCUCAGAUACAGAUCUGUGUGGAUAUUUGACUAAUAUUUCUGUAGCUUUGGGUGGGUGGAGCAAAUUUCACAAUUUUGCUUAUGUUUCCGUUGUCUCUGUAUUUGAUGUGCUUGGAUCUGUUGAUAAGCAGGUUGGGAACUGGAGUUCGUGACACUGGAGAAUAAGCCCAUAACUGUGCAUCAGUACUUUUGAUGCUGGUGUAGCAUGUCAAGAAAUUCUGGAGGGUUUUGGAAGAAAUAAGAUACACAUAAGCUAAAAACAGCUCUUAUGAACUUUGUUUUAAUACAGUCUUUUGUAAUAGAAGGAUCCUGUUUCAUACAAUGCAUAAAACACAUCACAGUUGUUAUGCUUCUUCUGUAUGUCAAAUCUCCUUAACUUUUGGCGGGGCACUUGGUCUUGAAAAGUUCACAAAUCUUUAUAUUGGAUGCAUUUUUAUCAGUGCUGUGACAAUUUUAAUAAGAAACCUGUGAGAUGCUGUUUGAUCUAUUUUACAGAAAACAAAAUUUUACACAUACCUCAAAGCAAUUUAAGUAAAAGUUAAAUAAUAAGUUUAGCCAAGUAUAAAUAACAUAAUGGGCUCUUGUUCUGCCUGCUUCCUAUCAUUAUCAUCUAUGUUUCUUAAGUGGACUAGAAAUUAGCAAGGGAUGCUCAUUGAAAUGAUUUGUACCAUUGCACAAUCUUAAUGGUCUUUGGAGUUUCCUUCAGUUAGUAAAAAGCCCAUUGUCACCAGUUCUCUUAAUUACAUUCUCAGAACUGGUAAAUUUGUGUGAUGUCGCUUCUACAUAAUAUGGUAGUAACUGAGUCUACUACUGUGUGUUGGAUAGUAAGUCUAAAUUAUUGGUAUUUUAAUUCAGAAUGAUUGCAAGGCUAUUGUGGUCAUAUCGUAGCUUAAGCCCCAUUGUCUCUUGCCCUUCUAAGGAGAUAUAAUCUGAAAGAUGAAAAAGUUGUGUUUUGUCCUCUGAUAUGCCCUAUUCUAGAGCCAUUGUUUGAUUCUUAUAGAAAGUGAAUCAUUGUGCUUGCACAACACAGUUGCUUAUUGAACAUUUUCCAGACAAUCAUCCUGGAGUCCAAAUGCUUCCCUAUAUCUCUCUCCCUUAGAUGUGAGCAAACCAGAAAUGUGAGAGGAUGGUAAUAUUAGGAAAACAGUGACAUUUUGGUUCCUUUGGUUUAUUAUGGCAGUGGGGUGUUAAGAGCUGUUCUCUGUCUAGCCAUAUGCUGCGUGUUUCUGUAUAAAUCCUUGUCUGUGGCACUAAGUGAGGGGGAAUCUGAACAGCAGUAAUAAGCAUGACUAUUCUGUGCUAUUUAUUCACUUCAUGGUGGUGAUACUCUGUGUUAUUCUCUGUGUUGGUUUUCUCACUUCUGAAAGGGCCAAAUUAAUCUCAUUGGGUAUUUUAUGAUACUUGGUUCCGUGUGUAUAUUUUGUUGGAAGUAAGCUCUAUUGAAGUUUGUGGGAUUGACUUCUGAGUAAACAUGCACAUGAGUGGGAUUUCAUAUACCAAAGGAGCAGUGAUGAGAAGGGCAUGCAGUGCUUGCAAUAUGGUCCGUCUUGCUUUGCCCCCAGUUCUAUACCCUCAUGCAACAAAGGGUAACGAUGAAAGGAAGAACUUUCUGCACUGGGGACUCUCUUUGUGAAUUAGAACUCCAAAAAAUCAAAUACAAGAGGCUGUCCAGGUUUGUUCUCCUCCUCGUGUCAUAGGGUGACAGAUGGUGCAGUGGAGUAAAGUGCUUCUGUUGCUCAUGUGAUGUGUGUACCCUGAUUUAAUGCCUAAAUAGGGCUCUUUGUGGAAUCACUAACAAUUCAGUGGUUCAUUUUGACCUGACUGGUGAUGCCUCUACAGAAUAAGUGUGUUUACCAAGUAGAAUGCCUGUGUUGACACCAGAGCCAUAGUAACGGGGGGAAAAAACUUUAAGGUAGCCAAGUUCAUGCUGUAUUUUUAGAAUUUCACUGCACACACAUUGCAUCCACUCAUGCUUGCUUUUUGUUUUUUCACUGGCUUAUUAGUCAUAAAUGAAACCAGAGCAAAGCUGAUGAUAGAUUUGGAGAGAUGAAGAGAUGAAAUCUGGAGUUCAUAUCAGUGGUAGUAUAUGAAUUCAGUGAAAAGGAAAGAGUCCAAAACAAAGGCUAAGGGAUUCCCAUAAAUAUAAAGAAAUUAGUUCAAAUGUAUUGUUUAGUGAUCCUUUAAUCUUAAAGAAAUAAAAAAGGUGAUAUUAAAGAUAAUAGAAUGGGUGUCUCCCCUACUGUUAUCAGCGCAUUUACAAAUGUAAUUUGAGCCCGAGUAUAAUAUUUACGUAAUAUUUAUCAUUCAUUUUGUUCUACUGGAAAAUGGAUAGCAGUAUCAGACCUGAGAAAUGCUGAAUCAUUGUGCACUAUAUUUCCUUGAUAAUUUUCACUGAUAACAACACAGUUGUGCUACAUAAUAGUUUGUCAGCCUGCCAUUUUCAAUUGUACUUCAGUUGGGGCAGGGGUGCCUUGGGAAGGUGACAAUGCUGGUUCAGUGCUAGAAGAAAUAAUCUGCUUAUUUUACAGCAUUGCAUGUACUGUGUAAAGUAUACAUGAGAACCAGAAGAUUCUCCUCUGUUCUUAUUGAAAAUAUGUUCUAAUAAAAUUGAGCAAGUUUG